AUGAAAAAUACUGUGGAACAGCAGAAGAGCAGAUUUUUUAAGGAUGAGCUGGAGUCUUCAACAGAUGUUUCUUCUUCAUUCAACGCGUCUUUGAACAAUAACGAGUCAUUCCUGUUCAGAUGUCCCGAACCCGAGAGUGUACAAGAAGACACUAAUAAGGCUGAUGCAGCGUGUAAUCAAGUUGAAGAUACUCCCAGCCCGAAAGUACAGUUUCAUACUCAAAUAAAAGAAGUUAUUCCAGAUUUGGAUGCCGGAAUGGUGGAUACACUCUAUACAAAAUUUAAAGACUCUGAGGAUGUUCUUUCAAAAGCUAUAUCUUAUUAUUUUGAGCACGGAAUCAUUGAAUCAAAGGAUGAAGUAGUUGAGCUGCAGAGGUUACCGUCCUCAUCUCCUUCAAAAGAUAUUUUCCCUACAUUUUCGAGUGAAGCUACACCUGCGAAAAGAAAAAAGACUUUUGGGUUCAGAGCCGAGAAGAAGCUCAAACCAUCUGUACUUUGGAAAAAAUUCAUUGGAUCGUUACAGGUCAGCGCGAUGGCCACGAGGCCGACACUCAAACCACUCAAAUAUGGUUCCGAAAUGCAUCUUGUUAAGUCAGCGGGAGAUGCUUCUCUUCACAAUUUGUUCGAUAGUCGAGGGAGGCAAAAGAAAAAGUUAUCUAACCAUGUUAGGGUAGUUGACGCCGAAAGAAACAGGGAGGUCGGGAAAGUACCUGAAGAGACUGCUAGGAUACUUUACCCUCUUCUGGGUACAGACGAAAUAAGCUUUGAGGCAACAUUAGUGUUUUGCAAUAAUAAACGUCUUAGCGUUGGUGAUGGUUUCGUUCUACAACUGGAUUGUUUCCUCGCCUCAACAAUUUUUGAUCGGAAGGCAAAAACUCCGGGAACCUCAUCCUCGCAAAAAAGUUCAACUUGGGGGAUGAAUAUAAGUAUAAGUGAAACUGAUGAAGAACUAGUCUGGCGUUUUAGGACGAAAGCUCUUAUUUCUUUAUUUAACAAGAUACGGAUACAUCCUGUUGAAAAUGACGAAGAUGCUGGGCACACCAAUCAAGACAACGAAAUAAUAGAUUUGGAAGAUGAUGAAAGUUUUGAGAAUUUGAUGUCACAGGAUAGCGAUCCUGAGGCAGAUUCUCAUUAUGAGAACAGGACUAUGAACUUGAAUCAAUUAAAGACAUUUUACAGUGUGUCUCAGUCGUUUGAGUCACAGCGGAGUCUUCCUGAAACGGACCCUCCCAAGGAUCUUCUGAAAGUACAAUUGAGGGCAUAUCAAAAGCAAGGUUUGACAUGGAUGCUUCGAAGAGAGCAUGAAUUUGACAAGGCCAAUUCGAAUGGUAGUGCUGACGAAGUAAUUGGAGAUAUGAUGAAUCCUUUAUGGAAGAAGUUCAGCUGGCCUAAGGACAUGUCAUGGGAAGCACAGAAGUUAGGUCAAGGUUUGGAUACCAUACCUAACUUUGAAUAUUUUUAUGCCAAUCUUCAUACAGGCGAGUUUUCAACCAAGAAACCCGUUCUCAGAUCAAUAAUAAAAGGUGGUAUUCUUUCUGAUGAAAUGGGUCUUGGUAAAACAAUAUCAGCUUUAUCACUGGUGCUGAUGGCACCAGAGGACUCCCAGUACCAAAAGAAAGAUUUGUUUAGAUCAGAAACUGGUGACAACUUAGAUUCUGACAUUAUAGAAAAGCCAAGUGAGGUACCAUAUGCAUCUAAAACCACUCUGAUUGUUGUUCCGAUGUCUUUACUGACUCAAUGGAACAUGGAAUUUAACGCGGUGAAUAACUGCUCUGAUAAAAGGUGCGAGGUAUACUAUGGUGGUAAUGUUAGUAGUUUAAAGACUCUCCUGACAAUGACAAAAAAUCCUCCUGCAGUUGUUUUAACAACAUACGGUAUUGUGCAAAACGAGUGGAACAAGCUGCUCAGAGACAACAAGAUGCGUUCAAAGAUAUCAGAAUCCACUGGGUUAUUUGCGGUUGAUUUUUACAGAGUGAUUAUCGAUGAAGGCCACACGAUUAGGAAUAGAGGUACGGUGACCUCCAAGGCUAUAAUGGACCUACGAAGUAGGUGUAGAUGGGUUUUAACCGGUACUCCAAUUAUCAAUAGAUUGGACGAUUUGUACAGUUUAGUGAAAUUUUUGGACCUAGAACCUUGGUCCCAAGUCGGUUAUUGGAAAACUUUCAUUUCAGAACCCUUCGAAAAUAAGAACUUUAAGCAAGCUUUUGAUGUUGUCAACGCUAUCAUGCAACCUGUUGUUUUGAGACGAACUAAAGAUAUGAAGGGUGCAGAUGGCAAGCCUCUCGUGGUUCUACCCCCCAAGGAGAUUACAAUCGAAAAACUGAAGCUAAACAAUUCACAGGCAGCGGUCUACAAGUACUUAUUGAACAAAGCGGAAGACAGUGUCAAGUUAGGUCUGGCUCGUGGUGAUUUAUUGAAGAAAUACUCUACAAUUCUGGUUCAUAUUUUGAGGCUGAGACAAAUAUGCUGUGAUAUCGAGUUAUUAGGUUCUCAGGACGAGAAUGAUGAAGAUUUGGCAGAGAUAAACCGAGGCUUUCAGGAAAAUGCUGAUAUCAAAGCAAUCUUGAACGAUGUCAAGCAGAAAAAAAACUCGUCAAAAAAGUCGAAAGAACAAAUCGAAGAGUCCAUUAUUAAUCUACAUGAGAAAUAUCCGGACAAUAACUCCCUUACAAAUUUGGAAUGCUCGAUUUGUACAACUGAACCGAUUGAUCCACAUAAGCUAAUUCUCACAGAUUGUGGGCACCCGUUCUGUGAUAAGUGCAUUCUCGAGUACAUAACGUAUCAAAAGGAAAAGAAAUUGGACGUGAAAUGCCCUAUAUGCCGAGAGAUGUUAGAUGAUACAUCAGGCAUGUUUUGCCUGAAGGGGGAAGUAGAGCAAGGAGAGGACUUCGAACUGACCUUGUUUGACAACACAAAAAAACCUGCUAAAAUCGAGGCGCUCGUCAAAGGACUACAGCAAUUACAAGACUCUUCUUCUGGUGAACAAGUAAUCGUGUUCUCCCAAUUCUCAUCGUACCUUGAUAUUUUAGAAAGAGACCUGUCUAACGCUUUUUCGGCAGAAAGUUCUAAGAUCUACAAAUUUGAUGGGAGGCUUUCUUUGAAGGAGAGAUCCGCGGUUCUAGCAGACUUCCAAUUGAAAGAUUUUAGUAAACAGAAAAUACUAUUGCUGUCUCUAAAAGCUGGUGGAGUAGGGCUGAACUUGACAUGUGCGUCACGUGCCUAUAUGAUGGAUCCAUGGUGGUCACCGAGCAUGGAAGAUCAAGCCAUUGAUAGACUCCAUAGAAUAGGCCAGACCAACAGUGUAAAAGUUGUGAGAUUCAUCAUCGAAAAUAGCAUUGAGGAAAAAAUGUUACGGAUUCAAGAAAGAAAACGAACAAUCGGUGAGGCAAUGGAUGCAGACGAGGAUGAGAGAAGGCGGCGCAGAAUCGAAGAAAUCAAGACACUGUUCGAGUAG